GCAGCUAGUUCCGACCCUGUCUCCCUUUACGGCAAUCGCGAAAGCGUCGCGAAGGUGCUGCCGCCGAUCGGAGUCACCCAGUCGGCUGGAUUCGGAGGUGUUAUCUCCAGGGGUGUUCGUGUAGGGGUCUGGGUUAGCACCAACCACAGAAAGCUACAAAACAAGAUAAAUUACUGUCUCCAAGUAUAAGAAAACUAAGAUCCAUGAGUGGGCAUCGGUCAACGAGGAAGCGAUGUGGGGAUUCUCACCCAGAGUCCCCUGUGGGCUUUGGGCAUACAAGUACUACAGGGUGUGUUUUAAAUAAAUUGUUUCAGUUACCCACACCACCAUUGUCAAGACAUCAACUAAAGCGGCUAGAAGAACACAGAUAUCAGAGUGCAGGACGGUCCCUGCUUGAGCCCUUAAUGCAAGGAUAUUGGGAAUGGCUAGUUGGAAGAGUGCCCUCCUGGAUUGCCCCAAAUCUCAUCACCAUCAUUGGACUGUCAAUAAACAUCUGUACAACUAUUUUAUUAGUUUUCUAUUGUCCUACAGCUACAGAGCAGGCACCUCUGUGGGCUUAUAUUGCUUGUGCAUGUGGCCUUUUCAUUUACCAGUCUUUGGAUGCCAUAGAUGGGAAACAGGCAAGAAGAACCAAUAGUAGUUCUCCUUUGGGAGAACUUUUUGAUCAUGGUUGUGAUUCACUGUCAACAGUUUUUGUGGUUCUUGGAACUUGUAUUGCGGUGCAACUGGGGACAAACCCUGAUUGGAUGUUUUUUUGUUGUUUUGCUGGGACUUUCAUGUUCUAUUGUGCACACUGGCAAACGUAUGUUUCUGGAACAUUGCGGUUUGGAAUAUUCGAUGUUACAGAGUCCCAGAUCAUAAUUAUAAUAUGCCAGCUUCUCACAGGAACCCUGGGGCCUUGGUUCUGGAACUUCACGAUUCCAGUGCUGAAUAUUCAAAUGAAAAUUUUUCCUGCACUUUGUACUGUAGCAGGGACCAUAUUUUCCUGUACAAAUUACUUCCGUGUAAUCUUCACAGGUGGUGUUGGCAAAAAUGGAUCAACCAUAGCAGGAACAAGUGUCCUUUCUCCUUUUCUCCAUAUUGGAUCAGUGAUUACAUUAGCUGCGAUGAUCUACAAGAAAUCAGCAGUUCAGCUUUUUGAAAAGCAUCCCUGUCUUUAUAUACUGACAUUUGGUUUUGUGUCUGCUAAAAUCACUAAUAAGCUUGUGGUUGCACACAUGACGAAAAGUGAAAUGCAUUUGCAUGACACAGCAUUCAUAGGCCCAGCACUUUUGUUUCUGGACCAGUAUUUUAACAGCUUUAUUGAUGAAUAUAUUGUACUUUGGAUUGCCCUGGUCUUCUCUUUCUUUGAUUUGAUCCGCUAUUGUGUCAGUGUUUGCAAUCAGAUCGCAUCUCACCUGCACAUACAUGUCUUCAGAAUCAAGGGCUCUACAGCUCAUUCUAAUCAUCAUUAAUGAUGUAAUUGGCGUUGUAUAGGAAACUCAUGUUUUCUGCAGGAAGGAAUCUGAACACAUUGAGAAUGGGGGUGGAUAAGAACAAAUAUAAUUUAUAAUAAUCAAUGUUGUAUAACUUUUAUUCUUUAUUAUUGGUAACACUCCCUACCUAGCCUGUGUGAGGAUGAGAAUUUCAAGUCCCAUCCUGUAAAUUGUACAUGUUGUCAUACAGGGUUUGGGCUAAGAAAGCAUGCAGGAAAAAGAUGCCGUGUAUUUGUAAUUCUCCUGGAUUCAGAAUAAUAUUGUCAUGGGGAACUGAUCCCCAGUGGUGGAGAUUUCUGAUGUAGACUUUUUGCAGGCCAAAAGAUGGUUGCUUUAUAAUUUUAACAAAUCAUCAUCUUUUAGUAACAUCCUUGUUUAGUGUCUUCUCAAACUUUUUUUUUUUACUAAGGAGCUCAGCACAGAUACAUCCCACCUGCUUGUGAGGUGGAACUAGUGAUAAAGACCUUGAAAUUGGAUUGAAAGGUGUCCUUUCUUUACAUUGUUGAAGGAGUCUUUUUUUAUUGCUCAAGAAAUGGUAUCUCUCAUGGGCUUGGGAAAUUCUGUAAGCAUGCAAAAUAAUGUGGUAACUUUGUUGAUCCAUUUUAUUUUUUUAAAUAAACAUGAUCUGAAA